UUUUCGCUGCUGGCUGUUUGCAGACGUGAAAGCUGCAAUGAGCUACUGUUAGUUAUCACCCUCAGCUGGUUUGCCCGAGGGUAAGGAUUUUAUGCCUCGGUGACUCGGGUGGGUGAUUUUGAAUGGCAGACAUAUCACGGUAGGAGUAUAGGUGAGGCUGAGAGCUGUGACAGUUUAGUCAAGGAAGCUAGCGAGCGAACCACACCAACUCGCCGCUCGUGGAUUUAACACGGGACUGUUAAGCGUGUUCUCAAAAGUGGACAGUGCACUGAUAAACUGGAUAUUCAUUGGAUAUACAUUUAUUGUUGUAUUCUUUGAUGCUUACCAUUGGAUUAUCUGCAGUGGAACCAUCACUCGACUAGACGCAACCACUGACAUUUGAUUGAGGACCUGGCGUAUAUGAUCUAAAUCAGCUUGAUACCAACCUCAACAUGUUUCGCUGGUUGAAGGACCGGAAGAAACAGAAGAAGAACCCGAGACAGGGGGACGUCAGUGACGACUACGGUUUCCAGGCAAGCGCCAGGGACAGCGAGGACAAGGUCUACCAUAUAUAUGAGGAGAUCCCAGACCUGCCGAACUGUGUGACCAAACCCGGAUCAUCCAGCAGUGAAAGCUCCUCGAGACUUCGGGAAACGUCGUUUUCGGAUCCUAGCUCUUCCUUUGACCAGUCCACAGCUUCAAUAUUCAGUGCUGAGACUUUAAGGAAGUAUAUUAUCGGAUCUCAGGACAAGAGCACAGAGGAUCCCCCGAGGAAAGAUGGACCGUACAUGGUUGUUCCUCUUCUGAAUUCGACAGAAGAGGAGAAACCGCCGCUACCUCCUCCGAAUGAGAAGAAGACCGAGUUCACGUGUGCUCUGGUUGGAAGGAGGAAUUCGAGUCUUUCACGAAGUACUGAGAGUGGUGUGGAGGUGUCUUACGACUCGUCAGAAUCGCUAGAAGAGGACUCGCAUUGUCAUGAUGUUGAUGAUGUUCAUCUUAGGGAAUUGCUCGGCGAACGUCUCCAGGCAGCGGCUCGUGUACGUACCCAUGCGCGGGAGGCAUCUCUGGACACAAGCGACACAGGCUAUGAAUACGACAUGAGCACCUCCAGUGAGAGUGAUCAGGCGAACUACGAAUACUACUUGAACAAAAUUGAAGAAAAUCUCAUCCACAAGUGUAAAAUCCGAGAGAUCAUUCAGCAGUGUGUUCCAGAGGAAGAUGAGUCAGACCGGGAAUCUCUGACCACAGUGUCCAGCCUCUCUUGUUGCUCCUCAACACGGACAUGCAGGUUGGUAGGCGGCCAUCGGUCAACGGACAUCGAGUCCGACGAAGGCACCCUUGCUGACCAUUCCGAAUCCGAAAACAGCAGUGGAUAUUAUGAGACCUUCAAUGGUCCCAGAGACAAACUUUCCCCCCGUUGUGCAUUUUCGUCUUCUGGAAAAGGACCUUUAAAACAAGACACCAAACUGCGCCCAAGUGAACACUCCCAUGACUGUCAAAGACAACAUUAUAUUAAAAACAAAAAGAGAACAGUGCCCAGAAAGUGCAAGCAUCGAAGUGUAGAUGCCCUAGGAUUGUGUAUACCCAGUGUAACGUCAGAGAGUUCCUGCAAACACAGGAGUCUUGACGCUUUGGGGUUGUGUAGUUCUCAAAAAGGUGCAUUUAAAAAAGUCAACCGACCAGGUCAGUUUUCUGGGCCGAAGUUGCAAUCUCAAAACAGUGGUGUAAGUAGGGUUCAAGGUCAAUCAGCAGUGAAACUUGAUCUCUAUGAGCCUCUGAAUGACUCGUCUCUAUACGACUUGGACUAUGGUUCGCCGAGGAGUGUAUGUUCUGUAGAUUCAGAAGGGCGGGAGGUGUACUCUCCUCCACCCAGUGUCAAAGACUUCUCUUCCAGAAACGCUGGUCCGUCAUACCGACGCUCCUUACAACGGCCGAUGGUUUCUACAAAUGUAUAUAGAUCUCACGGCAGCCAGAACAGACUUCUAUCAGACCUAAUCAUCAUGAACUAUGACAGACAGGUAUUUAUUCAUUAACGUGUUGACUUGGAUACUGUUUGUGCUACGACCGAAUUACCAGACCGUCGCAACCAGAACAAUCAACAAUAAGCAUUCAAUCAACGGUGUCCAUACAGCGACGGGAGCUUUUAUUGAAGAGUAUUGCUCUACUUAAACAGACUCGUAGGACACAAGUGCCUUACCAUGAAUGAAAUAUUCAUGGCGUGUAAUUAUAUACACAAACACACAAUAAGCUGUGAAUGCUUACUGAACCUGUUUUGAUGAAGUCCUGGCUGAACGAGUAAAUAGUGCUUUAGUGCUUUUCUUCUGUGUUCUUUGGAUUAGCCCAUUUCAGCUCCUGAGGUCGUAUACCGAUGUGAAUCCUUUUGAAAUAAGUGUUUCUCCAAAGACCCUUCCACUAACCUAAUGGCAUUGUCCUAUCUCUUCCAGACAUGUCUUGAAUGCCAUGUCAAUGUACUUUGCUCCUUUUGACUCUGGAACUUCUUAUCUUGUUAACUGCUAUGAAAGGACGUUAUCUAAAUCUGACGACAGUGUUUGUGAACAUGUUGGUGUAAGGUCAACAAACAUUUCACGAUCAAAUACUGCCAUUCCUAUGGCGCUUUUAUGAAGUGUUAUUGAAUGUAUUUAUGAUAUGCCAUGUUUCGAUGGGAUUCACCCCAUGACAAUCACAAUAAAGAAUAUGAAUAUAA